AUGAGGAUCCCUCCUGUCCUCUUCAUUUUUGUCGGCUUCCUGGCAAUUGGUGCCUCGUUCAUCUUGCAGUUGCUCGUUGCAUUGGGCUUACCAUACAUCAAAGGAAUCUACUUUCUCUACAUUCGAUUCGCCGACAACCAGCAAUCCACCACCGACGUCCUUCGUGUCACAUUCGGCGUCUGGUCGCAAUGCUUUAGGCAAGGAGUUGCUACCCAGUGCUCGCCCACCGGGCUUGGCUACCAGCAGUCGUUCAACGGCGUCGACAACGCCAUCAGCCUCUUCUUCAUCAACAAGCUUCCGUACGCCCUUGUCCUCCAGCCCAUCUCGGCAGGCUUCACCGGUCUUGCUGCUGGUGCCGCUUUCUUGCACCUUUGCACCAACACUUUCCUCUGGCCCCUUGCGUCUCUUUGGGCUUCCUUCCUCACCAUGGCCGCUCUCGUUAUCGAGCUUGUCCUCUUCAUCCUUGCACGCAACAAAGCUAGGAACUUCCAAAGCACCGGUGCACUCACUCCUACUGGAAGUGAACUCGGCCCCGCUAUCUGGAUGCAGGUCGCCUCGCUCCCACCCGUCUUCUUUGGGUUCAUGAUGCUCGCCCUGGGCUGGUACUUGAAGCGAUCUCGCGAUAACGACAACUACUACGAUGACUACGAACCCGCUCAUCCCGUUUACGCACCCAACGACUACCCAGAAAAGGGCUCCUACUACCAGCAGCAACGUCCUAUCAGCCGUGCUAGCCGUAGGUCGCGUUACGACGACUACUACGAGCCUGACGAUGCUCGUGUUUACGGUAAUGUCGGACGUCGAGAUUCGAGGCGUACUAGUAAGGGAGCGUAUGCGGAUGACUAUGAUCGACACGACAACCGCAGGAGCUACGAUUACGAAAGACCUUCGAGGAGGAGUUACGGUGGGGAUGCGUACGGUAGUAGAGUGUCACUGGCACCUCCUGCUGUCGGGGCUCCCUACCGUGGUGGUAGAUCGCGUCGUUAUAGCGAACGCGGUGCCUACUAA